AUGGGAGAUGCCUCUCCGCUUGAGGUCUCUCGGGCUCAUAGGAUCCUGCUUCUCUUCGAGGAACUUGGAGUGCCUUAUGAACUCAAAACACACAAAAGGACCCAAGAAAGACUUGCACCGCCUAAGUUGAAGAACAUUCACCCCUUAGGCAAAUCUCCCGUUGUCACGAUUGAUAUACCAGGCUCGAGCACGCCGAUUGUGCUAUCAGAGUCUUCAGCGAUGGCGGAAUGCUUUUGCGAGUAUUAUGGGAAAGAAACCUCUUUUGUUCCCAAGAGGUACCAAGAAGGUAAAGAUGGACAUAUAGGAGGCGAAACAGAGUCCUGGCUACGCUACAGGAUGCUCAUGCACUAUGCUGAGGGCAGCCUCAUGCCACUUAUGCUUCUAUCGCUCAUAGUUGGGAGUAUUAGGAAUGCUGCUGUUCCUUUCUUCAUCAAGCCAAUCACAAAUAGUAUCGCAAGCAAGGUUGAGUCAUCGUAUAUUCGAAGAAACAUGAGGAACCAUUAUGACUUUCUUGAAGGUCAACUUGAAACUUCCCCUGAGGCUGGAGACUAUCUAUGUGGGAAGGACGCGACGGCGGCGGAUAUUAUGCUUUCAUUCCCACUUGAAGUUGGUCAGACCAGGUCAGGAUUCACGCAUAGUCAAUAUCCUAGGGUCUGGGCGUACAUCGAACGGCUUCAUGAACGAGACGCCUACAAGCGUGCUGUCGCGAAGAUUGCGGACAUUGAGGGUGAAUUCAAGACAACUUCAUAA